AUGGAAGAUUCCGUAUUCAACAACACAAGUGUGGCCGCGAAAUCGCCAAGAUUUGAAAAGUUGCCAGGGUUACUGAGCAGCCAUGAUUAUGACGUUGUACGCAUAGUGCUCCUGUGCGUCAUCGACCCUCUUCUCCUUUUGUUCGGAAUUACGUCAAACGCCAUCGACAUGCACGUGUUCUGUAAGAUGGGUGCGAGGGACACGGUUACUGUCUCCUUUCUAGCUCUCGCCAUCUCCGAUCUGGCCUAUCUGAUCAUCGGGGUGCCCGAGACAGUUUGUUUCCUCCCGUCACACUUUUUCUCCAAGUCUUUUCAUGACACCAUCGACAUGUCUAGUCUUGGCAUAUUUAUCUCAAGAUGGAAACAGAUUUUCUACAACUUCUCAAUCUUCACCCCCACAUUUGUGUCUGUAACACGCUGCUUUUGUGUGACGUUUCCGUUACAAUUUGGAGAAAUGUUCACAAGAUUUAGAACAAUCGUUGUUCUGUCGGUUGCUUUCGUAGCUUUCGUAGUUUUAUACAUUCCGAUUUUGUCUUUCCAUGGAAUGAAAAAUCAUUACGAUCCGAGGAGAAAUCUUACUCGUUUAUGGAUCUACUUCGCCCCGGAAUAUGCCGUGUUGCAGCCAAUACACGCCAUGCUCUUCAGGAACGUGUUUGUCAACAUUUGCUUCAUGGCUUGUUGCAUCUCUACUGUAAUUCUCAUUAUCAACCUCAAGUCGGCCGCUCGAACACGACGCGAAAUCACAGGCUGGAAGCAGACAGACGCUGAACCGUCAACAAAGAUAACAACCCAAACGGCAAAGACAGCUGGUACUCAUACUGAAAACUCCACCAACGAGGACGGCCAGACGAAGUGUUCAGGCUCGAGACUUGCAGCAAAGACUUUUUCCUCAAGAGAUACACAAGUGAUCAAGUCUGUAAUAUUCGUCACUCUGAUGUUCAUCUGUACCCACAUUCCAGUGGUCGUCUUCUCAGAACUCAUCAAGCUGUUUGAACCAGAGUUUCGUUACCUCGGCCGCUACUCGAACUCCCUCCUGUCGUCCGCUAUGCUAGCUCGAUCAGGGAUCUUCCUAAGCAGCGCCUGCAAUAUCCUAAUUUAUUUCAAUUUUAAUACGAAAUUCAGAGAAACGUUGAAAGCAUUGUACUGUGGCCCUGGGAGAGAUUAUGACAAACAGUAA